CACACCAACACAUUUUGAGAAUCUUUGAACACUAAUAAUUACGAUUUAAGCAUUAUGAGACUCCAAUCUGUUGUGUUUCUCCUUCUGGGAUUUCUGGCUACUAUGUCUGUGAGAAAUCAAGCUAUCGCGGGUGGUUGGGAACCCAUCAAGAAUAUCAAUGAUCCACAUGUGAUUGAUAUCGCCAACUAUGCUGUUACCGAGCACGACAAGCAAGCUGGGUUGAACCUGAAAUUGGAGAAGGUCAUCAGUGGUGAGACAAAAGUUGUCGACGGAAUAAUCUACUGUCUCAACAUUACUGCUAGUGAUGGUUCGGCUUCUAACAAAUAUAAUCUUGCUGUGUUGGAGAAAUUAGAACAACACUUCAGGAACCUCACUUCAUUUGUUCCUCUUCAGAAUUAAAUUAAUAAAUGUUGUUUGAUUCCAAGGCUUUAUUGCAUAAUUCUCUUGUAAACUUAUUAUCCUAUCAAUAAAAAGACAGUGUUUUAAACAC